AUGGCUGCAGGAUUAUCUUCAGAAUCCGCUAAUUGGGUACUACCAUCUUAUCCAACAACAUUUGCAUCAACAUUACCAAAUUAUGAAGAAACAUUACCAAAUCGUGUUAAUCAAGAUGGUGUUAAAAAUUACAUUAAAAGUCGUGGCACUUUGAAUAUUGGUGAUUGGGCUACUGAAGGUCGAAGAAUGUCAACAUCUACAUCUACAUUUUCCCAACCAAUAGUUCAAGAACGAAAUGUUUUAGAAGCACCACCUCCGAAAGUACUUGGACCUGAAGCAUUACGAAAUUAUACGAAAAGUCGUAGUUCAACACCAAAUCUUAUUUAUGGUCCACUUCAACCACCUGAUCUUCAUCAUCAACGACGUGUUAAAAGAGAAGGUCUUGCUAAUUAUGAGAAAAAUCGCCUAACAGAAAUGAAAACAUUAUUUCAUAGCUAUGGAAAAUUACCAAUCCCUGAUCAACAACAACCUCGUACACAAGGCGAAGUAGCAACUGAUCUUUUCUAUACACAUCAAGAAGGUAAGAUGGGUCCAAUUUUAAAUAAUUAUGGUAAAGUUCCACCUUCACCAAGACCAAUGCCACAUGUAAAAGGUCUUGCUGCCGAAGGUAAUUUACAAAAAGGUUAUGGUGAUUCACAAAUACUUGAACAUGCUGCUGAUUAUCGCCCGAGAACAGCUGAUCCACAUGUAAAAGGUGUUGAAGCUCAUAUAAAUUAUGACAUGGGAUUAGGUCGUCAUGUUGAUAAACUUAUGUAUGAAUAUGGUCAUUUGCCACAGUCUGCUCGAACAAUACCAAAAGUUAAAUUUGGUGGUGUUGAUAAUUUUGUAAAAGGUCAAGGUGGUGCAAUGCGUAAAGCUAUUUCACAAUGUCCACCAUCACAACGCUAUCUUGAACGGCCACAAUCAGUAGCAGCCUGGCCUUAA